AUGGGAAGCCGAUCGGGCUUUUUCGAGGCAGUGCACUGCCUCGCGCGCUGGGUCUCCUCUCUCAUUGUCAUACGAAAGUCUCAUUUCAACCUCAGUCGCUCCUUACCCCUCCCGUCCACCAUGCCGCACAACGAUAGGUCGCCCCUCCUUGGCCACGCAGAAAACGGUCGCUCCCACACCUACAACAGCGUCGAGGGCCUCCCACCGCCGUCCCUGUCCACGCGCGUCUCUGCCAUCCUCAAGGCAGAGGGCGAGCCAACGUGGUUCCAAUCCUACAAGUGGUUUUUAUUCGGCUCCUACUUCAACGUCCUCCUCGUUUUCGUGCCCCUCAGCGCCUUCGCCCACUAUCUUCACUGGGAUGUCGCCUUCCGAUUUUCUUUCAGUUUCUUCGCUAUCAUGCCUCUCGCAAAGCUGUUAGGUGACUCGACAGAGCAAAUGUCCGCGCGUCUUGGACAGACGCUCGCUGGCCUCCUCAAUGCCUCCUUCGGAAAUGCGGUAGAGAUUAUCGUUGGUGUUGCUGCUUUGCUCCAAGAUGAGCUGCGCAUCGUUCAAACCUCUAUGCUUGGAUCUAUCCUCUCCAACAUCCUCCUUGUUCUCGGUUGUUCAUUCCUUGCUGCCGGCCUGAAGCGUCAAGAGAGCGUUUUCCAGGUCACUGCAGCCCAAGCUUCGAGUUCGUUGAUGACUUUGGCCUGCAUCACUCUUGUCAUUCCCGCCGCGUACUCGAGUACACUCGAAGACUCCCACUCGAAUGAACGCGGCCUUUUGAUCAUCUCGCGAGGUACUGCUCUGGUCCUUCUGUUCAUCUACUGUGCAUAUAUCUACUUCCAGUUGAAAUCGCAUGCAUUCUUGUACCAACCUCGCGAUUCCGACGACGAUGGCAAUCCGCUACCAGAAGACGCUGAACCAGUAGAGCAUGAAGAGGCGAACAUGAGUGUCAUCGCAGCAGGUGUCUCCCUCCUGGGCGUCACUGUUGUUACAUCGUUCUGUGCCGAUUACCUCGUAUCCUCCAUUGAAGAGUUUGCUGAGCGAUAUCACGUUCCAAAGCCAUUCAUUGGUUUGAUCCUUCUGCCCAUUGUCGCAAAUGCGGCUGAGCAUGUUACUGCGGUCUGGAUGGCGAUGAAAAACCAGAUGGAGCUUACUAUUACCAUUUGCGUUGGCAGCUCGAUCCAAAUUGCCGCCUUCGUCGUUCCUCUACUCGUCGUCGUCGGAUGGAUCUCGGGCCAUGAGCUGACGCUCUUCUUUGCCAACUUCGAGACCAUCAUCUUGUUUGUGUCUGUCGUUCUGGUCAACACGCUUAUCCAGGACGGAAAAUCGAAUUAUAUGGAAGGUCUCAUGCUCCUUGGGCUCUACUUUGUCGUCUCGCUCGCUUUCUGGGUUGCUUGA